AUCGUCGACUCGCCACAUGUCCGCUGUGAUGGUGACGAAAUAGAAACAAAAUUCAUUUACCGGAAGAAUCACUUCACUCGCACCGCCGAUGGACUGAAGGUUAUCCCAAAGGAGCAUGAGUACCUGUUCAAAACCCAGCUCAAACCAAAGAAGACAGGUCUCCUACUCGUUGGACUCGGAGGAAAUAAUGGAUCCACAUCCGUUGGAGCAAUUUUCGCCAACAAAAAGCAUAUGACAUGGCGUACGAAAGAAGGAGAGAUCAUUCCAAUUCUUUCGCCUGACGAUCUCAUCAUAGAUGGCUGGGACAUCAACAACAAGAAUCUCUACGAAGCAAUGCUACGAGCUAAGGUCUUUGAACCGGAACUUCAAGAAAAACUUCGUCCUUACAUGGAGCCAAUAGUGCCAAUGCCAUCUAUCUACUAUCCUGAUUUCAUAGCUGCUAAUCAAGGAGACAGGGUAAACAAUAUAAUCCCAGGAAAAAACAAGCAGCAGCACUUGGAGCAUAUUCGGCAAGACAUUCGUAAUUUCAAGCAGAAACAUGAUUUGGAAUGUGUGAUCGUCCUCUGGACUGCGAAUACAGAACGCUACACGGAUGUCCUCGAUGGACUGAAUAUGACUGCCGAUCAGAUACUAGCUUCCAUCGCAGCU